AUGUCUUGGGCCGGAUUCAAGAAAAAUGUCAACCGGGCGACGACCCAGGUGAUGAUGAAGACCGGGCAUGUGGAGAAAACGAACGACCGUGAUUAUGAAAUCGAGGAGAGACGCUAUCGGACUAUGGAAGCGGCCGCGAAUCGAUUACAAAAGGAAGCAAAAGGAUAUUUAGAUUCUCUUAGAGCCAUGACGGCAUCUCAAAUGCGCAUUGCGGAGACCAUCGACGCUUUUUACGGCGAUGCAGGUGCCAAAGACGGUGUGAGCAGAAGCUAUAAGCAGGCCGUGGAAGAUCUCGAUGCAGAAACCAUCAAGGCCCUUGAUGGGCCGUACAGAACAACUGUUUUAGAACCGAUUUCCCGCUUUUGCGCAUACUUCCCCGAUAUUAACGAAUGCAUCAAGAAGCGAAACAACAAACUGCUGGACUAUGACUCAAUGCGUGCCAAAGUAAAGAAACUCGUUGAGAAGCCUGAUAAGGAUGCCACCAAACUACCACGCGCCGAAAAAGACGCAGAAAUGGCGAAACAGGCUUAUGACCAGCUAAAUGACCAGUUAUUCAACGAACUCCCCCAAUUAAUCGACUUACGAGUACCAUAUCUAGACCCUUCAUUUGAAGCUCUAGUAAAGAUUCAGUUGCGGUUCUGCGCAGAGGCCUACAGUCGAAUGGCGCAAGUGCAGCAGUACCUUGACGCAGAGACAAGAGAAGAAUAUGCGUCCGGCAAUUUGGAUAACAAGGUUGAGCAAGUGCUGCAAGAAAUCAGAGACCUUAGCAUUGCCGGAACGGUUUGA